CGGAAGCCGGAAGAAAAUGAAUGAAGAACGGUCCUGUGCAACCUGUAACUCGUCCGUGUAGCAGCGAAGAGGUCAGAAUGCCCCAUAUUUCCCCUACAAUGGGACGGUUUGGCCUCUCUCUCCUCCGCCACAUCUCUGCGCUUCCCUCUUCAUUCAGCGCCCACCGAGCUACCAGGACAUGCUGCCUUCACCAACCAAGGGUCUCCAUCGGUUCCCUCUCUAGCCACAGCUGCCAGCUCAGGAGGACUGUGAGCACCGCCGUCAGCCAUCACAUCCAGGAGCUGAGCGGCCCUGAGCAGAGACUGCUGGACAAACUGUACGAUGGACUGAUCGGAGGACAACGGGCGUCUCUGGCCGAGUCCAUCACUCUGGUGGAGACUCAGCACCCCAGGAAGAAGGAGCUGGCCCAGGUGCUGCUGCAGAGGGUGCUGGCGUACAGGAGGCAGCAAGAGAGCCGCAAUGGAGGGAAGCCAGUGGCCUUCAGAGUAGGUCUGUCUGGUCCUCCCGGGGCAGGGAAGUCCUCCUUCAUCGAGGUGGUAGGAAAGAUGUUGACAGGACGAGGACAUAAACUGGCUGUUCUGGCUGUUGAUCCAUCCUCCUGCACUACAGGAGGAUCUCUGAUGGGCGAUAAGACUCGUAUGACUGAGCUCUCCAGAGACAUGAACGCUUUUAUCAGGCCAUCGCCCACCUCAGGAACACUUGGUGGUGUCACCAGAACGACCAAUGAGGCGAUUGUUCUCUGUGAGGGGGCGGGAUAUGACAUCGUCCUCAUAGAGACAGUAGGUGUUGGACAGUCGGAGUUUGCAGUAGCAGACAUGGUUGACAUGUUUGUGCUGCUGAUUCCACCAGCAGGGGGCGACGAACUCCAGGGUAUCAAGAGGGGCAUCAUCGAGAGGGCCGACUUGGUGGUGGUGACAAAGUCGGACGGAGACCUGGUGGUGCCGGCCAGGAGGAUCCAGGCCGAGUACACCAGCGCACUCAAGCUGCUCCGGAAAAAAUCCAAGUCCUGGAACCCCAAGGUGGUACGCGCCUCCUCACACACCAGCGAGGGCAUCCCAGAAGUCUGGGCCAAGAUGGAGUCAUACCGGGACGCCAUGUUGGCCAGCGGUGAACUGCAGGGCCGGCGGAGGGCCCAGCAGAAGGUUUGGAUGUGGAGUUUGAUCCAGGAGAGCGUCCUCUGCCAUUUCCAGAAUCACCCCAGUGUCGGAGAGGCUCUGCCCCGCCUCGAGGAACGGGUCACCAGAGGAGUCAUCUCUCCAGGCCUGGCUGCUGACCUGCUUCUCAAAGCCUUCUCCUCCUCAUCCUCAUAGUUGUACUGCACUUUCUCCGGGAAGAGUGGAUGCCUCUCGGCUGGUCUGACCAUUCAGUGCCAAGUAAAGCAGGACAAAGCAAGCACACGUGACCUUGACUCUGUUGUUUGCACAAAAUAAAAGGGGCCUUGCUCUUCUUAAACAUAGUUUAAGAUUUAAAAAAAACUGAGAUACAAGGCACCCAACUGCAGAGACUUCAGUUUCUGAACGCUUUAAUCCAAAUCACAAGAGAAGGAGAUUGCUGACGGUCGUCUCUUUUCAUCCACGGCUUGGAGACACAUUCACAUUUGGUAGAAUGAAGCAUUUCAUUUGUGCUGUGAGAUAUGAAAUGCUGAAGCAGACGGUGGGACUUUCUUCUCAGACAGGAACACUACGGACCUUCAUGAACUGUUUUACUGAGAUUAGUAAAGGAGGAAUGUAAAGGUCAUAUGGCUACACUUGAAGAAUAGCUUGAACGAUAUCCUUCAUUUUUACGAACAAGUCAUUAAACGGUGAAACUGACAUAAAUAUUAAGGCGUUGAAUACUGUAAUGGCGUAUGAACUGUGAUGAGACAUUUUCACUGCCAGUCUCACACACCUUCCUUGUAAUCGCACACUAUUUGUAGCCCAAAAAGAAAAGUGUUGAAAUGGGGUUUUAAUGGUCACCUGUGUGUGUUUUUGAACCACCACACGUGUUGCUCUAAUAACGGAUUUUCCUUGGAGACGCAACAGCACUUUGAAAAUGUAUUUUUUAAUUUGCUAUUUUGUUCCUGGGUGGAAUUACAUUAAAGAAUGAUGUGAAUCUUAAAUGGAUAAGUGAACAACAUUAAAUCUGUCGGUGCAGUUGGCCGAGCUUUUCUCUC